UUGAUUUCAGCUGCCAGAAUAGGAAGCGAACGACUUCGCAAAGGUUCAUCAUCCUCGUUGGACAUCAUUGCCGAAACAAGUCAUGAGUUUGCGUCCUUACCGAGCACCGAUCAGAGCCAUCGGAAAAACGCUGAUGUCGAGCCAGCUGUUAUUACGACAUCGAAAAACACUGAUCACAACCUUCAGCAAAGAGAUGACUCUGGGCAAUUUUCAUCGAAAGAAUCAACACCGGCCAGUGUUCGCUCAGACACCAAUCUAGUCACAUCAACCCCGAUGCCUUCUGGUGACGCUUCUGACGCUUUAUCACAAUUGCACCUGUCGUGUAUCCAAAAUCCAGCCUCUGUAAGGCAGAUAGCAUCGGAUUCUGAUGAAGAGUUUUUUGACGCUUCCUCUGAGUUUGUCGACGCUUGGCGGGAACCAUCGAUGACAUCUUCACUGCAUGAAGAUCAGCUCAACGGCAAUGGCAUGCUGCCGGAUGAUUCGGGAAUAUCGGUUGUACGAAACUGUAUGACACAGUCAUUAAUGAAGGUGGAAGAAGAGGCGCCUGCGUCUCAGCUCAUCGUACAAACAACUGGUGCCGGUAAACCAGCAAGGGCAAGUUCUGUCAGUCCAAGACCGACGACUACGUUCACAGCGGAGACCAGGCCAGUUCAUACAACAGUACAAAACACUGUUCAUACGCAUUCAAUACCAUCGAAAGGUUCCGCGGAAAGUAUCGAUCAAGUUGGUUUUUUUGAGCCAUAUUCUUGCCAUUCCAUCGUAUACGAAAAAUAUUACAGGUAA